GAAUCAAAUCCGCCCGGCAGCUGGAUGCGCGUGCGCGACACAGAGUAAAAUAAGACCUUGAAAUCGAAAGAAAUAAAGACAAAAAUGUUGCGGUUCGUGGCAUCAAGGGUUGUUGCAGUGGCAAAGACAACAUCAAAAACACAGUUGUUGAAAAGUUUACCAGUGGUUGGUGUACAGAGAAACUGCCAUACGCUAGAUCUACCAGUCCGGUUACCAGAAGAGGUGAAGGAGGGAACAAAUGCUGAAGAAAGUUUUCUGAAUCUUUUGAAAUCGGACCAACUCACUGGUUAUGAUAUCCGUUCAGUAAUGAAUCAGAUCCAGGGUUAUGACGAAAUUCCAUCUCCAGAUGUUUUAGAUGCAUUGAUGCAUGCAUGUCGAAGAGUAAAUGACUAUGCUCUUGCUGUCCGCAUCUUGGAAGCUGUCAGUUUUAAAUGUGGCAAAUCAGAUGACACCUUUUCACAACUGAUGCAAGCCAUACGACCAACACUGGAUAAACUAGGAAUUCUUACUCCAGAGCAAAUGGGAUAUGAUAAACCAGAGCUUUAUUUGAAGAGUGUAUUUGAUAUACAUAAAUAGUUCAGAUUGUUUCAGACUCAUGAAGACAGUUUUUAACACACUACAGACAUUAGGAGAAGAUGAUUUCAGGACUUUAUCAAAAGAACUUAAAAUUCAAUUAAUUAUUGUGUCGUCUUACCGAGUGCUAAAGAAAUGUGUUUGUAAUUGAUCAGGUUUCUUUACAUAUAAAUUAUAUUGAAGAUGUU